UUUGAAGCUCAUAUUAACAUGCUGCUCUGAGGCUCCUGUGAGUCCAGCCAUGGAUGGGGUGUUGGAAGGAGCAGCGGUGUUGUGUGCAUGCAAACUGGUCUGCAGUCUGCUCUCCUUGCCCUCACUGGCUACUUCCCACAGUCCUCUCAGCUUCUGCUGCUGCUGCCUCCUCAUCUUCACGGACUUCCUGGUCACAGCUUUUCUGAGUUUCCUUUGCAUCUUUAAGUCCUGGCUGACUGAUCAGACCACACUGGGUAAUGUCAUUGCCCUGCGCUUCCUGCUCUUUCUCAGCCACACAUACGGUGUGGUGCUGCUCCUGACAGCACCCUUGAUCGCUGUGGAGACCCUGAACAGACUGCUUCGGCCUAGCUCAGAUAGAGAACGUUGCGAUGUCGGGGAAGAAACUGUGAAGGAGGACACAGGCAAAGGAAAGAGGUUUUCUCAUGUUGUCAGCUACCUCUGCUGCCUUUCAGUGUGGGUCGUUGUAGCCCUCAACGUCAGCUGGAGAUGGAAGCUGGAGGAAGUGUGGACUGAUGUAUGUUUGCACACAACCAACUCUCUCAUCAGGUGUUUGCCCAACCUUUUCAGCCCCAUGCCCAGCUCUGUGAAUCCCUGCUGGAGCAUGGCCUUCCUCUGCUUUCUUAUGCUCGUCAUCGCCACCAGCAUGAGCUUGUGCGGUGGACACCAAGCUCCUGCAUGGACGGAAAACGAAAAACACAGAGGAAACAUUUGCGUUAGAAAUAGCAGUGACAGUUGCUCACAAGACCUCGUUCUAGUUCCCUCUGAGUGUGUGAACCCUGGGAAGUCAGCACGGUGUGUUGACCCAGAGAAAACAGAGAGCAGCUGCAUUAGUCACAGAGCGUAUUCGUGGAAUAGUGUGCAGAUGUCAAUGAGUCCCCAUAGAGACUUUGUCCUCAUCCCACCUGAUUUUAUAUCUGCAGGGAAGGGAGGACAGGAGCCUGGAAGGACAAAGAGAGGUAUACUUCUGACAUUUAUAGCAAAAGACCACGUGAACUGGGAAUACGGGAGCCAGUUUUGGAGGGGACAAUGGGGUUUUCCCUGCCUGGGGGUAAAUGUAAUUAUAGGGUUUGUGUGUGUGCUUUCCAUCUGUGUACUUCCUCUAAUACUCAGCGUGAACAUUCUUCUGGUCAGAACUAUUGAGACUCUGCUGGAGCUAUCUAUCAAAUCGUUAGUUUCAUCUGCAGAAAACAAAAACAGCACAUCCAUCUUGCACAAUGAAACACUUAUAUAAAAGAAGAUGGGUGGGAAGCAGAAAUCUGAAGCUGAUUGGGCGCUGUUUGCAACAGGAUCACUAGAUUAAUAUUGCAUGUGUGCAGACGGCAGGUCUACCUGUCAGACUUGGUCUGAAUAGAUUGUAAAUAAGCAUUUCUGAGCCGCUAUUCAAAUGUGUUGAAUAACAUGUGUAAAGUGCUGAAAUCUGCUGAAGAGGCAGGUUGAGGCGUGCUUGUUAGAAAGACACUAAACCAGGCUGAAAAAGACAGCUGGAAGGCCUGCUUUUUAUUGCACAGAGCCUUAAGAUCCGUACUGAUUUGUCAGUACACAAUGGGUUACAAAACAAGCCUCUCUAGUUUAAAUAAGACUAAUCCAGGAGGCAAAUAGUCUUUUGAAAGAAGGCAUAUGAAGUGCGAUACUGCUGCAUCACAUAAACCCUGCAUAGAGCAAUGCACAAAUAAAUACUGUGCCUUUGACUUGAGGGUGUGCCACGGUUUUUGUUUUCCUUCUUUGUAGUUUUGGCCCUGUUCUUGGCCUCAAAGGACUGUAUUUUUCUUGUGAGAUUAAACUUUUACAACAAUUAGGCUAAAUUUAUUCGAGUAGGCCUCGUGUGGAGUGAAUUUGAGGUACUUGUACAAUACUUGAGAAUUUUCUGUUACACUAUCCUAUCCUCCUGCUGCACUACAUUUCUUAUGAGUAUAUUUUGUGCUUGCUGCAGUGUGUUGUAUUUACUUUUAAGUGUAAGAUUUUAAAUAAAAAAAACAAAUGAUGCAAUUAAA